AUGGCCUCAAGCAACGCUUUCUGGUGGUGGAGCUCAACCUCAGCGGGUGCCUCCACUGAAUUCGAUCGUCUCCUGGAAACGUGCACAUCCUCCAACCUGCCCUCCUCCACCCCCCCUCCCAUCACCCACUCUCUCAACCUCUCUGACCUCAUCAGAUCCUCGGCCGUACCCGCCCCGCACGCCCUCAAGUCUCUCCAAAAGCGCCUCGACCAUCCCAACCCCAACGUCCAACUCUUGGCCAUCUCAGUCAUCGACGUGUGUGUGAAGAAUGGGGGCGACAGCUUCCUCAAGGAGGUUGGCGGGCGAGAGUUCAGCGAGGACUGUGCACAGAUCAUCAGCAAUCCGGUCUCCAACCGCGAAGUCAAGGAGAAGCUCAAGCGGGACUUCCAGAAUUGGGCGCUGGCCUUUGACUCCGUGCCCAUGCUCUCCUCCUCCGAGCUGGUGACCAACUAUCGAAGGCUCAAGACGAUGGGCAUCGAGUUCCCUCCCAAAGAUCCCCUGGCCACUGCUGCCAUGGUAGACUCCAUGUCCGCCCCAGAGUGGCGGGACAGCUCCGUUUGCGAACGCUGUCGGACCGCGUUCAGCUUCACGAACCGGAAACACCACUGUCGGAAUUGUGGGGGCGUCUUCGAUGGUCAAUGUAGCAGCAAGAAGCGGGCCCUGCCUCACUUCGGCGUCACCGAAUCUGUGCGAGUGUGCGACGGCUGCGAACGAACCCUGGCCGCGGGGAUCUCGUCGACCCCUCAUAACAAGUCUGCCGUCGCCUCAGGCAGACGGAACAGCUUCUCCGGCGAAUCCUCCCACCCAUCUGCCUCCAAGCUGUCCGUCGGGCCCAACAACCACCACCAACGUAGUGCGACAAUACACGCUGGCAGCACUUCGGCCCGCGCCUCCCAUCGAUAUACCAGCUCGACCCCCGCCCCCGAACAACACGCCCUCAUGAGCCGGGAAGAAGCCGACCUCGAACGGGCAAUCGCUCUCUCGCUCCAAGAGUCCGCCGCCUCCCAGCUCCAACGCGCCUCCUUCCCUCAUCCCACCCCCGCCCCUAGACAUCAUUCCUAUCAUGCUGCCCCCUCAAGACCCCCCACAUCCACGCGUGAGGACGAGUGCGACGAGCCCGAGCUGGCUGCUGCUAUUGCCGCUAGCCUGCGUGAGGCCCAGCUGGCCUCAAACCCACACCCGAGCGCACCCAUGCCGAUUUCCCCAUCAAGAAGCCUCGAAACACUCCCAUACAGACCCCCCCCACCUUCGAAAAGCAUCAGCGAUGAACACCUCAACACCCUGCUCAACUUCUCGGCCGAUGUCGAUACAGCAACCAGGCUCGGCCACCUCGUUCCUUCCAACACUGACCUCACUAAUCGGCAUGCCCAGGCCGAGGCGGCCCGGCUCGACUUGAUCAGGGGCAUCGAGAAUGCCGAACGCCGGACUUGCACCCUGAAGGAGAUGAAUGACAAGCUGUCCCAGGCCGUCAAGCUGUAUGAUCGUCUAUUGAGCGAUCGGAUUAUGUAUCGCACCCGACACGUCGAGUCAGCUGGGCCUUCUGCUCCAACCCCCCAGACUUACGCCAUCAACCACCCUCCUCAUGCCGAUCCGGCCUACCACCCCAACUCCCACCAAGCGUUUGGGUCCCACAGCCAGCCCGCGAUGUACUCGGCCCACAAUCCUGCUGCACCAUAUCUAGGAGGGCAAGCAGUCCCGAUCUCACACAACUAUGCGAAUGCGGCUCCUUCAGAUCCGGACGCCAAUGUGUAUCCUUCGGUCCACCCCAAUCACCCCCAGAUGUCAAUGAACUACCCGGCUCAACAGCCGUACGGCUAUGCAGCUCCCCAGCCGAUGUCGGCCCACAACCCAAGCGUCCAAGCUACUAUGGGGCCUAAUCCAACAGGAUACUUGCACGAGCAUCCGACAUUCACGCUGUCCCACUCGCCGGUGGCUUCGACCAAUGUGGCAUCGCCAGCCGCCCCCGCCCAUCAUCCACCACCCGACGCGCCACCAUCGUGGACCCCAAGCAAUCUCUCCCACAGCCCCUCUGCCGCCCAGCAUGCCUCGAAUCCGUCGGGCCACCCGGCCUUCCUGAGCAGCCCCCAGCAGCCGCCCAUGGCCCCAUCGCCGGGCACGUAUGGGCCCCAGAUCCCCGCAGAGCCCGCCAGCCAGAUUCAUCCGCAGCAGGAGCCCACUCAGCCACAGCACCAGCCGUCCCCGGGGCCCCAGACGAUGAUGGCACCCGUCUCGGUGGCCACUCCGCUCGAACACGCCGUCCGUCCCCCGCCCUCGUCCCCCGCCCCUCGCCAGCCCCCGGAACCCCUCCUCCACCAGCCCGUCUUCCCCGCCCCCCCACAAUCCUCGCCCGGCCCCGCGACGCCCCUGCCCUCGUUCCCCAACGUGCCCAACACGCAGCUUGCGUGGGCUGCGCCCACCGCCCCCGCCGCCAACCCCGCGCCGUACCAUCUGCCUGCUUCCGCGAGACAGGAGGACGUCGCACCGUUGAUCGAGCUGUAG